GUCCGCCGAAGACGUACACUGCAAUUAUUAUUCAUGUACGUAAUUAUCACGCGUUACAAAUAAAAUCGCUGUCAAAAGGGGAAGCGAGGUUGAGAUCUGGAAGGCCCUUUGUAUUUAUUGAUUUGCAUUUAUUCCAAUGCAGUAAACCUCUUCCUCCAGGUUGCUUUGUGCAGUUCCGCCGACGCUUCUGCGCGGGGAUUUUCACAGAUACUUGGUGUGUUGGCAUGUGGUGACGUUGCAAAGCUUUCACCGGCGAGGCUGCAGGAGUGAACGCUUGCUGGAGACGCUGCAGCCAGCCAGGCUGACUGACUGACUGACCGACCGACCGCAGCCGCAGCCUGCGAGGGACUGCUCCGGGGCUUGGUCUUUGCUUGAAUGCUGCUGAGAGGAGAAACAAGUCGGGCCGGUGCUCAGUGGAGUGAGGCUUAACCUAAACUGAAGACUUCGUUUCUCGGCAAUGUGAUAUUCAUCAGCUGAAGCAUUUUGCUUUUAAAUAACGUUGAUACUUUUGGGAGCAAAGAAGAUUUGGUGGAGAUGAUCCCAACUGACUGCACUCAAAAAGCUGGAGUACCUCAGCAGGGGACAAGCGGCAUCUUUGGAGAGAAGGAGUGGAUGACGUUUCGGGUCGAGACCCUUCUACAGGUUCGACAAGAAACAAACAUUGUAUCAAUCUACCUGUGAUCACCUAAUACAGCAGUUCAGGCCAUAAGGAAUUUUCUGAAAAAUGUGGACCCCUCUUGGACUCUUUCUUUAUGUAUCAAUUUCCUUUUUAACUGAGACCUCAAUGCAUAAUUUACAAGAUAGUGGAAUCCAGGUGCUAAAGUUCCGACAUGUCAGUCGUGCAGAAGAAUGUAACCUAACUUGUGACUCUGUAACAGAUCAAGAUGGCUUGAAGUGUAAUUGGGUGGUGAUUGAGGAUAAUCAAAAUAUCUGUUUUUAUUUACACUGUCCGGAUAUCUCUAUCUGUAAAGGAGCAACUGUGGAAGAUGUUGAAGCUUUGCAAACAGGAAAAAAAUCACCGAUCAAGAUUUUCUUGCAUCGUGUACGAAGGAAAGAAAAAACUAACAACACAGCAACUGUGUCAGUAAUUACCACACCAGCCAUGGCCAAUGAGUUAUUAUCAGUCAGUAAUGAGUCUGCAACAUUCUCAGCAGCUGCCACUAAUUCAAGUACAGAGUCAAAUAAAGUCACCAACGUGAACACCAAUAAUGCCACAGUUGCAGCAACACCAUUCAGUUAUACAUCUAGUACUAUCUCCAAUACUUCAACUACCAAUAUUUCAACCACCUUAUCAUCUAUAACCACAGUGAUGAUGACAGCCCAAACGGCAGGUAACUCAAAAACGACUUCAACACCGGCCACAUCAAGAACAAACAGUAUACAACUGACCACUAUUAAUUCAUCCGAAAUAUCUACCGACCGUGAAAGUUCUGCACCACUUAUCCAUCGUGAACUAACUACACUGGUCCCAGUAGGCAGUAACAAAAGUGAAUCACUGGUAACACCAAAAAAUAUUUCAAAGGAUACUACAACUUCCUUUUGGUCUUACCUAACUACUACAAAACUGUCAAGUUCCACGCCAAAAGCAACCAAAUCUUCAACAGUACAAUUAACCACCGUAACCCCAACAAAAGUGCCGACAACACAACUAUUCCUAGAGGCAACAACAAAGCAGAAACAAAUUUGGACCGAUGCACACACAAUCACGGGAGGAGUAUCACAGUCACCAAAUAUAAAAAUCAGAACUACAGUUGCUUUCAAUGAUCAGAAGAAUUAUGUCUUUCCUUCAGUGCCUGCUGGAGCUCUAAUCAAAUAUUUAGCUGACACAAGCUCAUUAAUGGCCAUUCUAAUAUUUGGACUGUUGUUUUUCUUAAUGAGUAUUAUUUUGUUUGCACAUAAAGCAUUUGAGAGCUACAAAAGGAAAGAUUAUGUGCAAGUGGAUUAUCUAAUAAAUGGAAUGUAUGCGGAUUCAGAUAUGUAAGAAAAAAGAAAAGUGAAAAAUAUAGGAAAUAUAUAAUUAUUGGAUUGAUUCUUUCAUUGAACCGAGCACAUUCGAUAAACUGUGAUGUGGACGAACAACAAUGUGCCAUAAGUUGAGGACUACUGCCUUGUCCUGGAACUUCUCGAGAUGAGAAAUCAUUUGCGAAUUUCUGAUAUUACGGUUGACGUCAACGUAAUCAUUUUGUGAGAUGCACUAUUUAGCUCUGACUCACUUGCAACAAAAAUGUUCUCCGUAAGCCAUUGUUUAAAACAAAGUUACUUUGUAUUUUCGAUUCAGAGAUAAGUUUGCAAUAAAGUUUAUUUUAAACAA